AUGCUGCUGAGGUGGCUGCUCCUGCGGCUGCUGCCGUUGCUGGGGCUGCUGCUGCUGCUGCUGGUGGUGGCGCUGCUGCUGCCGCUGCUCACCUUGCAGCUGCUGGUCGGAUGCACUCCCGUGGCCCGAGAGAGCGCGGCGCAGCAGCAGUGCACCCGACAGGGCAAGGGCGGCCCUGACUACAAGCGGGACGACCAGGGGCUGCUCCCCUGCUCUUGCCGCCAUGAGGCCUGGGGCGAGGCGCCUGGGGGGCGCGACCCUGUCCCACAGCGAGCGGGCCGGCCCAUCCUAGCGGCUCAGAACUUCGGCGCGGCGGCUCUGUGCCUGGCCAGCACUGGGGGCAUUAACAGCAGCGACGACCCAAACAACAGCGGCAGCAGACAGGCCAGCGGAGCGCAUGCCAGCGGCAGCACCAGCAGCAAUGCCGGCAGCAACGACCGCAGCAGCAGCAGCAACAGCAGUAGCAGCAAGAGCAGGGGCGGCGGUGCAGCGGAGACCAACACAGGCGCCAGCGGCGGCAGCGGGCGCAGCCGCGGCGAGCCCGGGGCGGCGGCGGCGGCGGCGGCCAGGGGCGGCGUGCUGUUCAUAAGUGUGUUGGGCAGGGACCCGCCGGGGGACAUGCUGGCGGCGCACUGCCAGAGCCUCGGCCUCCCGCCCCGCGGCCUGAUGCGGCCCCACGGCGCCGCCACGCCCUGCGUCUCUAUCGUGUUCGACUCGUCCGGCGAGGUCGCGGCGUCGGUUGCUGACGUGGCGGCGCUCGAGCGCCACCUUACGCCCGAGGCGCUCGCCGGCUUUUCGGGCGACGUGGCGCGGGCGCGGCUGUGCGUGGACGUUUUGCACCAGCUGGCUUACAUAACACCAAACGCUGAUGAGCUCCGCGCGAUUGCCGCAGAGCACGCGCGGCGCGGCGGCGGCCGGCAUCAGGCGCAGCCGCAGCAACAGCAGCGGCAGCAGCGGGAAGAGCAGCACCGCGGGCCGCCGGCCGGCGCGUCGGGCGGCGGAGGUGCUGACGCUGCAGCGGCGGCGGCGCGGCAGCUCGCGGACAUCGCGCCCGCCGCGGCGCCGCUGCUGGCGUCGGGGCUCGGGGCGGUGGUGCUCACACUGGGAGAGGCCGGGGCGGCGCUACUGACCUUGGAACGCAGCAUCGGCGGCGGCAGCGGCGGCGGCGGCGGCGCGGAGGUCGUCGCGCGGCACAUCCCGGCCGCGCCCGCGCACGUCCGCAGCGUCAGCGGCGCCGGCGACUGCCUCGCCGCCGGCUUCGCCGCCGCGCUCGCGCGCGGCGCGGCGCCGGGGCGCGCGCUGGCGGAGGGGACGCUCGCCGCGAGGGCGGCGGUCGAGUGCGAGGGCAACGUGCCGGGCCGGGCGGCGCUGGUGGCGGCGGUGGGGGACGAGGGCGCGGUGACGCGCCAGCUGGCGCGGAUGCGAGUGCUCCGGUUCCGCGUGGCGUCGCCGCUGUGA